AUGGAAACUGCAUGUCUCUUGUUUAUAAAAAGGGUCGAUUUUUGGUUAGCUUUCGAAGCCCUCACCUCAUUUAUUAUAACAGAAAUUUUGACCUUAACUUGAAUUCCUAGAUUAUUUGAAUUUAAAUAUCGUGUUAUAAUUUUACUAUUAGUAACCUUGUAAAAGCGCAUUUGAAAUGCAAUUUAAAAAGUUUUUUUUCAUAGCAUGAAAUAUAUUUUUUGUUACUUGUACUGAGAAAGAAUAAUAUUUAAACAAUGAACUCUCUACCAAAAAAAUAUUUAUUUUGGUUUGCACACGAGCACAUUGAUUUCCGGGUUCCGGAAAUUAAUUCGAUAUUAAAUUUAUUCAACGUAGUGUCAUCUAAAUUGAAGAUAUCAGAAAAAUCUACAGUCCAUCCUUAUUGGAUUGUCGAAACUGACUGCGAGACAAUUAUUAAAAAAAUAGCCAGUAGAUCAGUGUCUUUAAAAUUUUGCAUGGAACUUUGGGCCCAAGCCUCUGAUCCGGAUAAAUUUCACGAAACGUUGAGGACACAUGCAAGCGAAAAGAGACAAUAUUACAACAAUCGAGAUAAAACUUUCAAAAUAAUUGUCGAAACUUUUUCUAAACAUAUUACUCAAAAAGAAAAAGUUGAGAGAAUUGAAACACUCAAUUAUCUGCCGUUCGAGGGACCAGUAAAGUUGAAUAACCCAGACAAUAGUUUUUAUUACAUUGAGUACUAUGGUACCAAUUCCAAUACUAUAUCUGAAUCACCUGAAAAACUAUUUUUUGGAAAAUGGAUAGCCAAUGGUCAGAGAGAUUUGAUUCAAAAGUUGUCAUUGAAAACCCGAAAAUUUAUCGGGACUACUUCUAUGGACCCUCAGCUUUCGUUGCUGAUGGCGAAUCAGGCACAGGUUAAAAACGGAGAUAUUAUAUUUGAUCCGUUUGUCGGGACAGGAUCUCUUCUCGUAGCUGCUGCACAAUUCGGUGGUUAUAUUUUAGGAGCUGACAUUGAUUUUAUGAUGCUACAUGCUCGGACAAGGCCUACGAGAAUAACACAAAAAAUACGGAGCAGCGAUGAAAGUGUAGCUGCCAAUAUAAAACAAUAUGGAAAAAGUUCUUGUUACUUAGAUGUUGUUGUGUCAGAUUUUUCAAGAAGUAUGUGGAAACCACAGAUGCGGGUUGAUGUCAUCAUAACUGAUCCACCUUACGGAAUUCGAGAAGCAACGGAACGUAUUGGAAGUGCGAAAACAAAUCCAAAUAUACAAGAAAAUCAAGUUUCAACGCAUAUACCAUCAAAAAUAAUUUAUAAUUUACCUCAUAUAUUUAACGACUUAUUAGAUUUUGCUGUUCGGCAUUUAGUAGUAAAUGGCAGAUUAGUUUGUUGGUUUCCGGUCUAUAGGGAUUACUAUUCCACGGAUCAAUUACCGUCACACCCUUGUUUGAAAAUAAUCGCUAACUCCGAACAAGUAUUGAGCAUCCAUUCAAGUCGGAGAUUAUUGACCUACGUAAAAAUAAGAGAACCAUGUGAAGACGAUGUUGUAAAUACGUUAAAUAUGUUGGACUACAGGGAAAUGUAUUUUGCAUUUAGAAAAGAAACCCGUAAAGACAAAAGAAUGAAAGAAGCGCUGGAGCGAGCGACGAAUAGGGCAGAGUGGGAGAAAAGAUGUAAAGAAAAUAAAAAAGAAAUGAAUGAGUGAUACUAUAAUUUAGUAUACUAUUUUAUAUCAAUAAAC